AUGUCUACACACAACUCCUCCAUAGCCAAAAUCUCUGAUAUAGCUGCAGUUUACCAGAAACUGCCUCUCAAUCAGGUCAUUCAGUUCACCGGCAUUCAUUCAGUGGCGGACCACGUAUCAAGAUCUAGAAAGGUGAAUAUUGUUGAUCUAAAUAUCUGUUGUGGUACGCAAAUGAUGAUCUUGAUACAAAAUCUAGCAGAGAGAUCAGAUCAUCCCAUUGAACGAGUUAGAAUAACUGUUGUAGCAGCAAGCUCGGAUCCUUCAAUAGAAGAGGCUGGUUUUCGACUAAAAAUCUUGGCUGAGUCCUUGAAGCUGAACUUCUCCUUCCAUGUGGUCAGCUUAGAGUAUGUCCUAAAUCAUCAAGAAAACGCCUUGGAUCUGGAUCCCGAAGAAACAGUUGUAGUCCACGCAGCAUUCGCCUUAAGGCAUAUGAUCACUGAUCCAGACCGGCUGGAGGCCUUGAUGAAGUUCAUCAGAAGCAUCAAUCCUAGUUUGAUGAUCAUGAUUGAAGCUGAAGCAAAUGUGAACUCUCCAAUUUUUGUGACUCGUUUCGUUGAGGCCCUCUUCUUCUAUGGAGCUAACUUUGAGUAUGUGGAGGAUUGUUUGGAGAGUGAUGGUGAGAGGUCGUGUCUCGAGAUAGGAUUCUUUGGCCCUGCCAUAAGGAACAUUGUGGCCGCCGAGGGAGAGGAGAGGAAGUUCCGGAUUGUGGGUAUAAAUGUGUGGAGAAAGUUUUUUGAGAGGUUUGGAAUGGUGGAGACAGAGUUCAGCACAUUAGCCAUCGGCCACGUAAAUCUGGUGCUUGAGAGGUUCGACUGUGGGGAUUCCGGCACGCAUUGUAUGAACGGGAAGUGCCUCGUUUUUUCCAAAGGCUUGAACUUGAUGAAGAAACCAGUGCCCCCUCCAUUUCAGAUGUCCACAGAAGAUGAAUUUGAUUCCUUUGAGGCAUUCGGAGAAGGCGAUGCUGAUCGAAGCCUGGUGCAGUCCGCGAACGAAGAGAAAGAUCUUCUUGCACAAGUUGCCACUUUGGAUGAUUUAUAUCUAACCAUUGUUUCUUCACCAUUUCAGUUUUGUGAUGAGGAGAUAGCAAAAUUGUCAGGUUUCAACUCUCAAAACUCACCACUUGUUGAAGCAAAUGAGGAGGAGAAGUCCUAUGCAUUUCCCCCUGCAUCUAUGGAGAUUUUGAGGGGCUGCAGAAGUAGGAUUAGACUGAGCAACGAGCCUGAAGUGAAGGCGCCGCCUCCCUCAGAAAUGUCGAUCAAUCAUGUGAUCAAGCUCGCUGCAGCCAACUUCGUCCAGUCCACGAUGGCAUGUGCAAGUGAACUUUAUGCUAUCAGCCAUCCAUAUGCAGAUGCAUUUGUAGACCUCUCCAAAGAGAAUGCUGCGGAUGUUCGUCUCGUGCAGGACCUCCUUUCAUCUGCAGAGAGAGUGAAUAAUCAUCAGUUUGAUUCUGCAAGCAAACUUCUUGAAGAGUGCCACAGGCAAAGUUUUAAGCAAAUGAACAAAACACAAAGAUUAGUGUACUAUUUCACUCAAGCACUCUUUGAAAAGAUCGGACGAGGAAGAGGAAAGUGCACGAAUAAAAUGGAAACUCCACGAGAUCCCACAGCCCCGAGCUCUGCCACAGCUGCCUUCUUCGAGAAGCUGCCUUUCUCCCAGAUCACACAGUUUGCUGCCGUUCAAUCAAUGGUGGAAUGCAUAUCCGGUUAUAGAAAGGUGCACGUUGUUGAUCUUGAACUCCGUUGUGGGGUCCACCAGACCGUCCUGAUGCAAGCUCUGGCUGCAGCCAGAGCUUGCACAGUACAUUUCAAGAUAACUGCCAUAGCAAUUGAGGCGAGCACUGUGAUUGAGGAGGCCGGUGUGAGGCUUAGAGCUAUAGCCACUUCCUUGAAUGUGGACUUCUCUUUCAAUGUGUUAACUUUAGAGGAUGUUUUCAAUCUUCAAAUAAGCGUCUUCGAUCUUGAUGAUGACGAGGCAGUUAUAGUCCACAGCGCGCAUGCUUUGGAGAAGCUCGUCUCAAGGCCAAGGGAGCUAGAUGUCUUGAUGAGGAUCAUCAGGAGGAUCAAUCCUCAUGUGAUGGUCAUCACUGAGGCCGAAGGGAAUGUGAACUCCCCGGCCUUUGUGGACCGUUUUGUUGAGUCUCUUCUCUUCUGUGGUGCUUAUUUCGACAGUUUGGGGGAUUUGUUGAGGAAUGGUGGUGCUGAGAGGUCGUUUAUUGAGGCGAAUAUCCUCAGCCCGGUAGUGAGGAACACUGUGGCGGCUGAGGGGGGCGAGAGGGGGCACCGGAUCGUGGGGAUAGAGGUGUGGAGGGCCUUUCUUGGAAGGUUUGGGAUGGAGGAAAUGGAGCUGAGCCAAGUGGCUCUGACUCAUGCAAGAAUGAUUCUUGAUAGAUUUGAGUGUGGAGAUUGUUGCACAAUUGGAUUCAAUGGAGAUUCCCUCAUUGUUAGCUGGAAGGAGACACCAAUAUGUUCAUUGUCUGUGUGGAAGUUUAGAUAA